AUGAUAGGACUACGUGGCAAACUACCGUUAUUAACUGAAAAUAUGUAUUCAAACAGUACAUUUGAACCAGAUUUUUUGUUAUUCACCGAAAACUCAUUUUCUGAUACAUCAGCACCCAAUCCAAUUAAGCUCAAUGCACAUCUAAACAAUUACAAAUUCAAAUUGGAUAAAUGUGAUCCGCCAAAAUUAGAAAAUUUUUCCGUAAUUAAGCAAGAAAUCAACGCUCCAAUAAAAACAUUAAUGAUGUAUCCUACUGUGGACAUCAUUGAAUGCAAUUUCUUAUAUUUAUACGAAAAUUCCACGGCUCCUGCAAUAGUUACUUACAGAUGUGACAAUGUAACAAUAGAAAGCUGCUCUUUUCAAUAUCUAACAUCAUCUGUAAGGUCUGACUACUACGGUGAAGCUGCUUUUCUCACAGAUCACGCAAGAAAUACAAUUAUGUCAAAAUGUUGUAUUUCAAAUUGCCAAGGAGUUAAAAUAGGAUAUCUGAGGUAUGGCGUUGUCUCCGUUUUUAAUCAAACUUCGGUUUUUGACUCAUUUGGCCAAAGAUUUUUCGAAUUUGACUGUCAAGAUACGACUUUGAAAGAAGUCAAUGCUUCAAAUAACAGGGCAACCACUCAUCUCAUAUUAUUUAACUCUGUCAGGACGAAAACGUUAAUAAGUCAUAUUUUGAAUUGUAAUUUCGAAAAUAUCAACUGUCUAAGCUCAGUAUUUAUCUAUGAAACAAACAGUGGAAGUGAUUUAUUGGUAUCUAAAACAAUUUUUAAAGAUAUUCCUCACAACUCUCCACAAUUAUUUAGUUUAUCAAUGGAAAGUGCUCCUCUCUAUGUUUCACAGUGUUAUUUCUACCAACCAAAAAUAAAUAUUUCAAACUACAACGAAUCAAUUCUUAAAAUAACUGAUACAAUCCAAGAAAUCAAAGGAAGUGUAUUAUCCUUCAAGUUAUUUAAUGCUUGUGAAGUUAAGAAAGGAAUACACUUCGGAAGACGUCAUAUUCUUGUAAUAAGUAUUUGUGCCGGCAUUUUAGUGUUAACUCCGGCUGUUGUUUAUGCACUUUACUGGAGAAAACGUACAAAAGUGUUUCUUGAGAGACUGGAUCUUGACAGAACACUUACUACUGAUUUCGGAUAA